AUGGGUAAAAAUGACUUUUGUUGUGCGCCUAACUGUUCUAAUAGAAGGAAUCGAAAAGAAAAUAUCCAGUUCUACCGAAUUCCUAAAGGCAAAGAGUUACGGAAAAUAUGGCUGCUUCGUAUAAGACGAAAACAGUUUAAACCAACUGCUAACACUCGUUUGUGUUCAGAGCAUUUUGUUGGAGGUCGUCGAUCAAUGGACCCGAGCAGUGCUUCCUACUUUCCCUCUAUAUUUUGCCAUAGCCAUAACAAGAGCAAUAGAGGAAGAAACACACUAAGAAGUCGAAGUGCCAUUCCAAAUGAUCAAGAAGGUGACCACAAGCCGGAAGUAAAACGAAAGCUCAAGAUGGUAUGUCAAUUUUAUUACUAUAUGGUGUUUCGAGGGUUUAUUUUGUUUAAAAUCGAUUAUCAUCUUUAUAUCUUGGCGAAAGUCGAUAUUUAAACAUGUUAGUUUUCAUUCAGAUUUCUGGGAAAUAUCCACAACUAACAAGUUCCCUUCAGCCAUAAAAAAAAUUUGAAUUUUCAUCACAAGAGUAAUACAAGAAAUUCUAAUAGCCUCAAUUUAUUUAAGAAGCUUUUGUAAACUAUUUUAUUCAAUUUUAAUAUUUUAUUAACUCUAUCUUAGGAUUUUACUGUAACUCUCUACUUUUUAACUUUUUUUAGAUUUAAUAAUUUUUUAGCUAUUGUAUAUUUUAUAAUUUCUACUCAGGACCAGCCUGAAACCCACCUGAGGGUGAGGUUGCCUCCUGGCUAAAGAUAUUUACUUAUUUAGUUAUUAAAGCCCAUGUCUUCCUAGUUUGAAUGUUGCAUAUCGUGUUGUGUUAAACCAGCAGGUAAAUUGAGGUUGAAAAAUGCCGUAUAAUUGUCCUUUUUGCUAACUUUUUUUCCCUUUCUAUUCUACUGUUUCAGGGUCAAUCACAAAGGGGUAGACCAGAGACAAAGUUUGAAAUACCAGUAGAAUCAACAGUUUGGGGAGAGUGUUUGCCAGAAUCCAGUGCCCUGAAGGGUCAUGAUUAUCUGAAAUGUCAGGUGGAUCCACAAUCACAACAAUUUUCUGAGCUAUACCCAGCGGAAUGUAAUGAAUUACAAGAACUUUAUACCAAAAUUGCACAGCUCGAAAAAGAAAAUUAUAAACUCAGAGAGCGUUGUAUUUCAUUGGACCAAAUAAAACAAUCGUCUGAGUCAUGCCAGUUUUGGACUGGAUUCCCGAAUUAUGGUACAUUUAAAGCACUUUUUGACUUCCUUGACGAGGCUGCCCAGCUGAAAACAAAUUGGAGAGGACAGGCCACAGUUGAAAGCAGGCACUUUUCUGAAGCAUACAAGUCGAAACCUGGGCCAACUUCCAAAAAUUCCACUGAAGAGGAAUUUUUAAUGGUUAUGGUGAGAUUAAGGGCUGGACUCCCUUUAAGGGAUUUAGGCCAACGAUUUGGACUUUCUGUGUCCUCAGUAUCAAAGAUAUGCACUGCUUGGAUUAAUUUGAUGUACUUUGAGCUAAAGAAAUUGUGCCAAAUGCCAGAAUGGGAUCAAACUGUGAAUGCAAAACAGUUUUCUCAGUUUCCUCAUUUGCGAAUUGUACUUGAUUGUACUGAGAUCUUUUGUGAAAAGCCAUCAUCACUACAGGCAAACAAGGAGGUUUACAGCAAUUACAAAAGCCAUACCACUUUCAAGUAUUUGGUUGGCAUAAGUCCCCAUCCAGCUGUGGUCUAUGUUUCAAAGGCAUGGGGUGGUCGUGCCUUAGAUAAAAGGAUAACUCAAACAAGUACUGAUUUGCUUGACAAACUGAAACCAAAUGAUGAGGUCAUGGUUGACAGAGGCUUUGAAAUCGAAGGCACACUGACUCCACUUGGGGUUAAGCUCACCAUUCCAGAUUUCAAGGGUCAGGGAAGAGCUCAGCUGAGCGAGUCGGAAGGAAAGCGUUCUGAAAAGACCGCUGAAUCUCUAAUUCAUGUUGAGCGUGCAAUUCAGAGAAUUAAAUGCUACCAUAUUUUAGACCGUGAACUUCGUUUAACUAUGGCAUCAUUAGCUGAUUAA